AUGCCCGGAACGACAGAGUUUUGGCAGACUUUUUACCGUCAGGCAGUAGAAGGGGCGUCUGUUUUGGGGUCCUUCUGUAAGAAACAGGAAGAGAAAGAUGACGGUUCAUAACCUGUACAUCUUUGAUCGUAACGGAAGCUGUCUGCACUAUGGGGAGUGGAACCGCAAGAAACAGGCCGGCAUCUCCAAGGAGGAGGAGUUUAAGCUGAUGUAUGGGAUGCUGUUCUCCAUCAGAUCCUUCUGCAGCAAGAUGUCUCCCCUGGAUAUGAAGGAUGGUUUCUUGACCUUCCAGACCAGCAAGUAUAAACUGCACUAUUAUGAGACACCAACUGGCAUUAAGAUUAUAAUGAACACAGACCUGGGAGUUCCCAACGCUAAAGAUAUACUGCACCAGAUAUACAGCACGCUCUAUGUAGAGUACAUAGUGAAGAAUCCUCUGUGUGUUCUGGGGGAGCAGCUGACCUCUGACCUCUUCACUACUAGACUGGACCUUUACAUCCGGGCUCUGCCCUUCUUCAGCCCCCGCGCUGCAUAACACACUCACACACUCACACACACAUCUCACACACACACACACAUCUCACACACACACACUCACACACACACACA